CGAUGGGGUGGAGGGAGGGUGCUGUGGGAGCUUGUCCCUCCAGGCUCGGUGCCCGGCCGACCCCUCCCGAGGCGGAGGCUUUCCUAAAGGCAACAGCGCCGCGGGAUGGGGCAACGACAGGGAUGGGCGGCGAGAGCUCUGCCCGUGCGGUGCCUUUAAGAGCAGGGAGCAGCGUCCAGGUGUCGCCUAAAAAUAGCGAGUGUCCCUAGUCCCCGCUGAUCCCGUGUCAUGCGGCGUGUCCCUGCCCAGCGCCGGGACCGCGCUCCCUUCCCUCCGGCGGGCUGGUGAGAGCGGGAGCGACCGCGCCGAGGGAGCUCAAAUCACCCCGAAAAUCAUCCCCGAAAGGCGAGGCAGGGCAGUUGCCGCGUGGUGAGGAGAAAACACGGCCACGGUGGGAGGGGGGCUGUGGGAAGCGCUUGUGCUGCCGCUGCUGUCCAUGACUCGGGCACUGGGAAGGCGGGAGGGUGUCGCGGCAGGGAGACGGGGAGACACCGUCGCCUUUUCCUAGCAGGGACACCCUCACCUCCCGCUGCUCGGGCACUGCCCGCCUGCCAGGCCCCACGGCCAUCCCUGGCACCAUGGUGAGGAACAUGGACGACUUUGACUUCUGCCUGCCUUCGCACGCCCAGGGCGUGCUGGAGGGGCUGCAGAAGUUCCGCAGCAACCCCAAACUGGCCGACGUGACGCUGGUGGCCGGCGGGCGGGAGUUUCCCUGCCACCGAGGCAUCCUGGCCCUCUGCAGCCACUACUUCUAUGCCAUGUUCUCCGGUGACUUUGCUGAGAGCAUCGCAGCACGGGUGGAGCUAAAGGAAGUAGACCCCGGCGCGCUGGAGAUGCUGCUUGAUUUUGCCUACACAGGAAAGGUUACCAUCAACCAGGGCAACGUGGAGGGGCUGAUGAGGACCUCCAGCCAGCUCCACUUCCCUGCUAUCCAGAAGGUCUGCAGCCGCUACCUCCGGCAGCAGAUGGAUGCCACCAACUGCCUAGGUAUCUGUGAGUUCGGUGAGAGCCACGGCUGCCCUGAGGUCUCCUCCAAGGCCUGGUCUUUCUUGCAGGAGAAUUUUGAAGCCGUCUCUCUUCAGGAGGAGUUCCUCCAGCUCUCCAAGGAGAGGUUGGCUGUCUACCUCUCCAAUGACCAGCUGCAGGUGCAGGAGGAGAGGAGCCUUGUUGAGGCUGUACUGCGCUGGGUACGCCACGACCCGGGAUCCAGAGCCCAGUUCCUGCCGGAGCUGCUGGAGCUGACCCACCUUGUCUCGCUGCCUGACCAGUACCUGCAGAACCUCCUUGCCACUGAGCCUCUUGUUCGUGACUCAGAUGCCAGCAAGGCCCUCAUCACCCGAUCCCGCACCAUGGGGCAGAGUGGCACCGGUGCCCUGAAGAACCCCCCAACCCCACCACAGAAACUAGAGGAGGUGCUGGUGGUGGUUGGUGGCCGUGUGCUGGAGGAUGGUGAAGAUGAGGAGAGAGGGCUGGAAAUGCCGGCUGCCACCAGGAACUUUGCCUUCUACAAUCCUAAAAGCAGGCAAUGGAUGGCUCUGCCUGACUUCCCUGAUUACAACAAGUGGGGCUUUUCCCUGGUGGCUCUGAACAACGAUGUGUACGUGACAGGUGGCUCCCGGGGGUCCCAGAAUGACACGUGGUCAACGACACAGGCCUGGUGCUUCUGUCCCAGGGAUGGUGUGUGGAAGCCCAUUGCUUCCAUGCUGAGAGCCCGGACAAACCACACCAGCGCCGUCCUCAAUGGGGAGAUCUACGUGAUCGGGGGGACAACAGUGGAUGUGGUGGAGGUGGAGCGCUAUGACCCGUACAACAAGAGCUGGUGUGCCAUCAGCCCAGCCCCCAAGUACGUGAGCAAUUUUGCAGCUGCCAGCUGCUUGGGCAAGCUCUACCUGGUGGGCUCCUGCGCCGUCAAGUACAACGCACUCACUCUGCAGUGCUACAACCCUGUUCAAGAUCUGUGGAGUGUGAUCACGUCUCCCUUCAUCCCCAAGUACCUGUCAGCCCCACGCUGUGCCACUCUUCGCGGGCUCAUCUACCUCAUCGGGGAUAACACCAAGAAGGUCCACGUGUACAACCCAGAGGCCAACAUCUGGCAGAAGGUGCAGCUCCUGCACACACUUCAUGAGAACGGUGGCAUGGUGGCCCUGGGUGACCGGCUCUUUGUCACCGGUGGCCACUGGAAGGCUCCUCCUCCAUCUUCAUGGACACCUCCAAGUGGACAGAACCUUUCCAGGGUGACCAUGGGUGGUAGGAGAGCCUCAGCGAUGCCUGCCACUCUGUGUAUCCAUGCUCCCCUUUUUCCUGCUGCCUGCUCCAGCAGAUUAGCGAGUGGGAGGUGGAAAGCCCCGGGCCAGGCUGGCUGGGGCAUCAGGAGCACGUUCUCUCCCAACGCUCCGUGGAAAAGGCUUUGCCUUAUAAACACGCUUUGGUUAAAUGCUCUCUUAUUUUCGUUUGUGGGUUUGUGAUUUUCUUAAGAACCUUCCCCCCACCCCACCCCACCCCCCCCCCCCCACGUCCAAAAACCACCCAAAGAUUUUCGACGCGUUAAAAACACGCCGCGCUGAGG